AUGUCGGUGACCGCCUUCUUAACCGUUUCGCUGACGAUUGCGAUGUGGUCCGACUGCGCGCUGACGAUUUUGGCCGGUCGAUCCGACGGGCCGCAACAGCCAAUUAUCGUGUAUGCCACCCGGGCCGUAAACCAUCGUUCCGCCAAAGAGCUCACGCAGGACAGAAACGGACCUCAGAGAUUGGAAACUUCGGCCGAGCACAAGACCAUCGGACAAAAGUCUUCGGCCGACGAAUACCGUACCCUUUCGUCAUUACAGAAAACUGAAGACUCGGCCGUUUCCGUUGACAAUUCGCAGCCGGUCACCGCCAACGUCGAAGUGUACCCGGUGCUGCCCACCGAUCCUCCGCCAGCACCGUCAUUCGUCACACGAAGCAGAUACAUAAGACAUCCUUCUUACCUCGGUGGUAGCCGAGAGUUUGGGCAAGAUAUGGAAAUCGUAAACGACCAACGUUCCGAAUACUCAAUCGGCAGUGCGAACGUGGCUCCGAAAUGGAACAGGUAAGUUUAACGGGUAUUCACAGUACUAUUUAACAAUAUCAUUUUUCAGUUUUUUCAUAAAUAUGUUUUUUUUCGGACAACAUUUUUUUGGUUAUUAAAAUUGCUCCAAAUCGUUUAAAUUGUAUUUUAAAAGUUGACAAGUAUUUGAAUGGGUUCCGUAAAUAAUAUUUUUUAAAAUACACAAUUUUGAAUCAAUAUGUUCCAAUUUCAAUUUUUUUAUAAGGACUCAUACUUGAAUUUUAUAUUUGUUUAUCUCAUGGAAAUGUUCACUCAAAAGCGUUGGAUUGACUGUAAUGAUUUAUCGUUGCUCUCAAUAUACAAAACAAAAUAAUAUUAUCCUAUAUGUAUCCUUUACCUUAUCAACUUUUAUCUUAUAACAGUGGUGUAAAGAAUGCCUGGAUUUUUAAAAGUAUUUUUUCAAGACUGAACUUAUUCACGCUUAUCAACAGGUACUACCCAGCUGGUUACAGACAACUAAAAAAGUAUGGUCCAAUGAUCGUGCAGGAAACAGAUGUACCGCAGACAGACAGUGGCAGUGGUAGUAACUUGGGCAACUUAGGUACCUUGGGAAAUUUGGCCAAUUUAGGAGGUGGAUUUAAUGGAUAUGAUAACAGCGUAGACUAUAGUAACAAUGCGGCUACUUACGAACUGGAUGGCCUCAAAGCUCAGAACGGAGGCGUGGAAGUUGGCUGGUAUGGUGACUCUCACCAACAAGUAAUCUCCCCUCGACCUGUCACCACAGCUGAAGUCCGGCAACCGAGCCGCAAAGGGUCGCUCGACAUGCAGAAACUGGGCAUGUUAGCCAUAAUAAAGAUUGGAUUGGCCAAGCUCAAGGCACUCAAAGUGCUCAAGUUCCUGACAUUCUUGGCGGUUAAACUAAAACUGCUGGUCAUAUGGAAAGCAUUCCUAUUUAUCAAGUUGGUCUUGGCGGCUAAAUUUUUCAAACUGUUCGUGCUGCCGUUCUUACCCAACUUGAUGUCGUGGCUGAAGAACUCGGCUAUGAUGCAAAUGAGCCCGUCUUCCAUGCCCAUGAAUAUGCCCAUGAAUAUGAAUAUGCCUAUGAUGCCCAUGAUGCCCUCCGAGAUUGUUCAGUACCGUAACGACAGCAUGUCCGAGUCGGUACACAAAAGGAGUACGAACAUCGACAUUGACCGGGCCGCUCAAAACGGUCCACCCAAUCUGAUCCAGUUCAUGUUUGAUGUACAGACGGCCAAAUGCGUGGAAAAGAUGGCUUGCCGGGUAGCUGGUACGAAGCCGCCAAGUCUCAAUUCUAUAUGGAUGAAUUGGUGAGAAUAUUAUUAUUAAAUAUUACUUGGAUGAUGACACCGGUUUAUUAAAUGUGAUGCGCCUAAUUUAGGAAAAAUGAUAAAUAAUUGAAUCUCUUAUUUACAUACCUAUAUAAUGUUCACAAUCACAUAAAAUUAUUAUUAAUAUCGUUAAGUUAUUACGGUUUUUAUUAGGUUAUAUCUACUUUUUUUUAAUUUUAAUUUAACCCAUGAAAAACUUCACUUAUUUUCUUCCGUUUAAACUAUAAUAAUAUUAUAAUAUGCAGAGAUGAUUAGCUUGGAGACCAAAAUAUAAAAAAAUUGUCACAAAUAGAUUUUUUUUCUGUUUAUUCUAAAGCAUAUUCUGAUUAUAGGUACACACGAAUACACACGGUACUGAGACACACAAUAAAAAAAAAAAAAAAAUACACUAUAAUAUUACUUUCAAUAAAUGGGCAAUUGUGUUAAAAUUUAGUAAAAUAUUAAUACAUAUUUUAAAAUAUUUUUCGCGAAAAUACACAAAUCGAUUACUGUUCAUGUUUUUCCGUCAUUAUAUAGGUAGUGUAAAUAGGUACUUUUUUUAAUAAUCAAUUGCCAAGGGUAAGGAAAUGGCAUAAUUUUUUUUUAUAUUUAUCCAUAAGAGAAUUAUAAUAUUAUUAUAAUCGCAAUCCCCCAGCUGCGAACUAACUCGUGUUAAAUGUCGAUUUGGAUGGAUUAUUGAAUCGAGUUGCUCAGUGAAUUCUUUUAGAAAAACUGUUUUCGUCAGUGAUGGAAAUAAAAAACAAACACAACAAAAUAACUAUAGGUUGAUAUUAAUCUCUAACGUUUUAAGUGUUUUAAAUUUUUUUUUUGUGAAUUAUGUAUAUAUUAUUCAUAAAUCCUGUUGUAUAUUUUAAUUUAUUGAUAAUAUUUGUAUGUAUACAUAUAUUUAUAAUGUGCUACACUUGAAUAUCAGAAUAAAAUAUAUCUAUAUAUAUAUAUAUAUAUAUAUACAGGGUUUUCAACAUAAGGAGAGACAUUCAUUAUCCCUCUCAGCAAUUUUCAACUUUUUUCGGAAUUUGCUUUUCAGAAAAUUUUAGAAAUUAGUAGUUCUAAAAUUUUAUAUUACUCUUUUUUUAUUUUGUCACCCUUAUUGUAGAGAUUUUAACCACUUAGAUUCUAAUUAUUUAACAAACUAGUUACUUUUGUUUUUUAAAAUGGAAACCUAUAUUAAAAAUUCCAAAAAUAGAUGGAAUAUUAGUUUAAAUCAAUUUAGGUGUUAACAUUUUUAAUUUCCGUUUACUAGCUGACAAGAUAUUCCACUUUUAAGUUUUGUCAGUGGGAGAGUGGUGGAACAAUAUUAAAUGCCACGCGCCGUGCUGCCACACAAAUGAUACACCACUACUCUCCCCCCACCGAAACUUAAAAGUGGAAUAUCUCGUCAACUGGUUGACAAAUAUUAAACAUUUUAACAUCUAAAUUGAUUUAAACUAAUGCUCCGUGUAUAAAUGAAGAAUUUUUAAUAUAGGUUGCCAUUCGGAAAUCAAAAUUAAGAAGCAGUUUAACCUUCUAAAAUAAUGAUGAAAAAAAAUAAAAAUAAAGUAACAUUUUAGAGCUACUAAUUUCUUAAAAAAUUCCGAAAAUAAAAUUUACUACCUAAAUUAAACUCAACUUUUUCUUAUUGACCACGAAUUUUAACUUAUAAUGUACCUCUUGUUAAAUUUUCAAGCAUUUCUGUUCUGUCUAAGAAUUUUAUCCACAUAGUACUAAAUAAAAAUUACUUAAAAAACCAGCGACAAAUCUAUACCUCUAAACAGCUCAAAUAUGGUUAAAAUACUUUGAAAAUUUUAUUAUGUCUAAUAAAAAACAAAUAUGAGUAGUUUGUCGAAAUUCCAGGUUUCUAAAAAUAUUUUGAAUUUCCUUUCAGAAAAAGUGCUUCACUUGAAUAUCAGAACAAAAUGUCUGAUAGAAAAGUUGUUCACAGGAAAAAAAAAUGAAAAAAAAAUAAACAUCAAUUUAAAACCAUUAAACUGCUCGUUCUGCUCAGAAUCUAAAAUAAAAUUCUUAUAACCUAAGUAGUAGAGAUGAGAAAGCUUAGAUGAGUGAAGUGACGAGAGAGAAGAUUAGAUGUGAAACAAGUACAUACGUGGUAGCGUAGAUAUAACUUCGAUAAUAGAUAAAAUAAGAGAAAAUAGACAGAAAUUGUUUGGACAUACCAUGAGAAAAGAGAAAUCACAAACAUUGUGGGUGGUAAUAAAAAUAAAUGCAAGAGAAAAAAGGAGUCAAUUUUUGAAAAAUUAAGACCCUGUUAAUAUAAUAAGAAGUUACAGUCUUCUUCUACCUCUUUAUAACUUUCGCAAGUAUUCGGGGUCAGUAUUUCAAUUUUAAAUCUCCACUUGAUUCUCAGCUUUAUCAGCAAGGCUCAUAUUACUUACUCAAAUUUAUCAUCAAUAACCAUCUCCUUUUCGGUUUUAAUUUCCCCCUCUUCUAUUACAUAUGCAUUUGAAAAACUGCUUUUAUAACCUCUGACUUCCUGACCAAGAUACUUCUUUCCAUCACUUUAGCCAAACAUACUUCUAAUUCUAUUUGUAUACUUAUAUAAACUCUCUAUCUCACAACCAUCGGCGAUAUAUUAUUACAAUCAAAAUAACUUAUAAUAUUACGACUUUAGGAUCCUAUCAUCGUUGGUCAGUUACAUCCCUAACAAAAAACUCAAAACGUACGUGUCAACAUUCAAGGAUGUUUCCAAUUAUCGUUUGGGAAACCUUUUCAGCAAUCCGUCGGCCGAGGAAUGGUCGAAAUGGUGCGACAAACGAUAUUCUUGCCGAGGAGAAAUCGGAAACGAUCAAUAA